AUGACGUUUACGUACUUGAUCACGUUUGCGGCGGUACUAUUUACUGGUAAAAUUACGGCUUUACCAAAGACAACAAAGGGUACAACAUACCCAACAAAGUCAAAACUUGAAAUUUGGGUUGAUCCUGCUACUCCAAAAGAUCGGCAGACGCUUACAACGUCUCGUGGACGAACAUGGAAUUUGGUUAUGAGUGAUGAAUUUAAUACAAAAAAUCGAAGUUUUCGACCAGGUGAAGAUCAUUUAUGGACAUCUCUUGAAAAACCUGAUGGAGUGAAUGGAGCACUUGAACUUUACUCACAUAAUAUGACGAGCACGAAAUGUGAUGAUGACAAGACAUGUUACUUUUAUAUUGAGGUUAUUGACGAUGUGAAUGUAUUUCAUGUAUAUAACAUGUAUACACGUCCACCAGGGUAUCAAGAUGCGUAUUUUUAUUAUCGAUCUGCAAUGGUACAAUCCUGGAAUAAAUUUUGUUUUCAAGGUGGAUUUUUAGAAGUACGGGCACAACUUCCAGGUGCUGUGACAAAAGCAUCAGGAAAUCCUGAUUUAACACUUAAAAAGUCAAGUCAAGUGGAAAGUACCAAGUAUUAUCCAACGUGGCCAGGAAUUUGGAUGAUGGGAAACCUCGGACGAGCUAUUUUUUCCGCCUCAACGAACCGAAUGUGGCCCUUUUCGUACAACAAAUGUGAACCUGAAGUGUUUGAUCCACAGAAUCAACGAAUUAGUGCAUGUAAUGACAAUCCUGGUUACGGUUUAAAUCCAAACCAAGGACGUGGAGCUCCAGAGAUUGAUCUAUUAGAAGGUGGUGGAUUAUCUAUCUCAUCUUCCUUACAAAUUGCUCCUGGAAUGCCAGUUGAGUAUCGACUCUUUUUUGCCGAUGGGAGUGAAAAUUCGUGUUGGUAUACAUCGAAAUGUAAAACACUUGGAGCCAAUUCAAUUGAUGUACCAACUGCGUAUUACAAAACGAAACGUGGAUAUAAAUCGUGGUAUCAAGGUCUUCGUUAUGGAGCCAAUAACUUUUGUGAUCAAGGAACGUCUACAAAACAAGAUUAUGACACAAUUGCUGCAUCUGUGAAAGCUGGAAUUACCGAGAAUGCAUGUACUGCUGAUAUCUGUCCUGCAUCACAUGAUGUGAAUGGGGAUUUAAGUUUUUUGGAUGAUUCGAAAAGUGCACACUGGGGUAUCAAUUCGAAUGGCACGUGUUUUCCGCUUAUCAAUGCUUACAUGGGUGCUUAUCUAUGUGAUCCAGACAAUACAAAUAAAUGGUGUGAAUCACCUCGGAGCGCCAGUACUGCUCCUAUCAAGACAAUGAGCUCGUUUAAUUAUCAAAUGGAUGCUAUUUCGACAAAUUGGCCUAUUCAUUUAGGUGGUUACCUCGAUUUUGUCACGUAUCAACUUGAAUGGGUUACAGGAAAAAAUGGAUAUGUUCGCUGGAUGUUAGAUGGACAUCCAUUAUUUGAAGUUACAACGGAAGCAUUUUCCAAAGUUCCUCAAAAUGACAAGAAGAAUAACCCAGAAAAGGUGAUGUUAGAGGAACCAAUGUAUUUGAUACUUAAUGUAGCACUUUCAAAGACAUGGGGUACGACACCUCCGAAUCCUGGUAAAGAGUGUCGUGGUGAUGGUACUGAUAAAGUAGCGAAUGCUAUCUGUGAUUCGUUUCCAAUGUAUAUGAAGAUUGACUAUAUUCGAUUGUACCAAGAUCGAGGAGAUGAUCUAGAUGAAGAUAAUUAUAUGGCAGUAGGAUGUGAUCCUAUCUCUCAUCCAACGAAAAAAUGGAUUGAUGCUCAUAUUGAUGAAUAUGUUGAUGAUGAAAAUCCAUGGAAAGAAGUGUCAGGCAAAGCUUUUUGUACGAUUGAUGACGACUGUACGAUUGGUGUUAGUGUUGGGUCUGCAGCACUUAAGACUGGAAAGUGUGUUGAGAAUCGUUGUCAAUGUACGUACGCAGCAUCGUGGGGAGGACCACGAUGUACGACGGCUUUAUCUGGAUCGACGAGUACAAGUGUUACAAACCUCUCGAGUCGUGCAUAUGGACCACCUAUGAGUCUCUCUGUAAGUAUUGCCGGAAUUAUCGUCGUACUAACAGCUCUGUCGGUCUACUCAAGCAUGCUUUCGAUGAAAAAAGAAGCAGCACUUUUGACGAAGACGAGCGCAUUGGCCAAGAUGGCUGCUAGUUUGAUCGAUGAAGGAACAAAUAACUUGAGCUCUUCGAUGAAUCAAAGACCUAGAGACAAUUAUAGCCAAAACUUUGUAUAA